GCCCUACCACUACCGCCACUCAUGUUUGGACCGACUUACGGAUCACACGUGCCAACCCCCACUAUCUGCCGGUCUUUUCCAAACAGUUGAAAUGUGCCAGUGACUUGUACAAGUGGGAUCCGAUAAAUAGACAGUGCAGUGACUUCGUGAUAUGUGCAAUUGAACGUGCAUGAAAAUUGUGAUUAAGCUGCAGCCUCGACCGUUAUCAAUAAAUAUGGUGAGAGGGGCGGCGCUGGCGCUGCUAGUGGCGCUGGCAUGGGUGUGCGAAGCGCGCGGCAGUGUGCUUGUGCCGACGUACGUGUUGCCGCCUGACUCGUUCGUGCGCGAUCAUCGCAGCCUCGGUCCGCCUACCGACUCCAACACGGCCGAGUCUCAGCGUACUGUGAAGCGACUCAUCGGGGGACACAUGAAAAUCCGACCCGACAAGGAAUAUGGCUCCUUGAAAAAUUCACUUUCAUACGAUGCAAAAACUGAAGCGGGAAAGUUCGCAGGCGUGAUCGCGCCGGACCAGUCGGGCGGUACCGUGGGCUGGAAUCAAGGUAUUUGGGACGACGGCAUGCUCAUGUCCAGCGCCGGAGAGGGCAAAGACGCUGUAAGAACGAAAGAAGACGACGAGGACAAAAAAACGUUAUCCGAUCAGGUGGCCGAAGGAAAAUAUGGCCUUAUACAAAAUGAAAUAUUUUCAAAAGCACCAAAACGACCAGGUAUAGUCAGUUACGAGCCAAACUCUGAGACGAGGGCAAAAGACAAUAUCCAGAAUCUCGGAGGGCUAAAGAAAGACGAAAUAUGGUUAGCAGAAGAUCACUUACUGGUGCUGACAGGCGGCUCGUUCCCGGAACGAACAAAAGAAAACGAGCGUAGGCCUUGGCCACCGAUCGAUGAUUACGAGGCGCCCCGAAGGCAAGUAAAACUACCUCAGAAACCUAAAGUACCACCGCCCUUUCCAGUUCGUCUCUCCGACGACGGACCGCUCGUCUUCCUCACGCCGAACGGUAGUAUCCCUGCGCCCAUUUUCCCUCCAUUCUUUGAAGGAGCGGGCGAAGGCGCUCUACCUCCGUCGCCAUUCCCCUUCGCGCCGGGACCGCCCUACCCCCCAAGUGAAUAUCAGGGAAACUUUACUGCCGGGGGAACGCCGUUGCCAAUUCCUCCGUUCCCAUUCCUACCUGGGAAUGCGAGUGAAGGACCAUACCCAUUCCCCCCAUCUAUGAACGGCUCUUUUCCAGAAGGCUUUCCUCCGGGCGCAGCGUUUCUACCACCACCGAGCAACCAGUCAGACCUUUACGACGAAGACGACCCUUCGAUCUACUAUCCGCCGCCUUACAAUUUUUCUUACCGCGCUGACUAUAAAAGCAGCGUCCCAGCUGGGCCAUUAGUUCCUGGAAUCAUAUUACCUCCGCCACCGGAUUUCUUCGCUCCUAUGGAAGACAAAACGACGGAAGCACCUAGCACUACAAAUGCACCAACACCAACAUACGUGAGACCUAAACCGACGGUAAAACCGUCUUCUACACCGUCAUUGUACAGAAAUAAGUACAAGACGAGGCCGACUACGACAACCGAAACGAUUAGAACCACAGAGGAACCAAGCACGAUCACUACGCCACCAACUGUUGAAAUCGCUACGACACCAAAGGUGCGGAAACCACAGCGCAUUGUACAAAUACCGCAAAGAAACCCAGUACGCCUUCAAAAUCUACCAGACGAUAUCAUUACCAGACCCAAAACAGAAAAGCCUGCAUACAAAACGCGACAAAAACUCACAUCGAAACCGUUAUCAGUGUCUGUUAUUUACGAUUAUCCAGAACCAGUUUACGAUCCUAAAACAACUGAAAAACCGUAUAUAGUGUAUAAUGUGCCGGAUAAGUCACAUGUGAUUACAAAUGAUAUCGUAACUUCAACACCAGUGCCUUUGCGAGCGUAUUACACUAACACACAAAACGAUGAAGUUCCUACGACCAAAUUGCAGCCCGUGUACAGGAAGCCGAAUGAAAAUGCUGUAGCAUCCUUCUAUUUCUACGAUGAACAGCCUAAAACGUCACCGUCGCCAGCAACUUUCUUCGAUGGAAGGAAUUAUUAUAAGACUGUGCCGAACCAGCCUCCUGUACCACAGAAUGUCAAUCCUGAAACUGGAUUUGCACCGGCUGUAGACGUAGCCUAUGGUGCAAUAGAUCAAGCAGAUGCCCUAUUCUUAUGGCCUCAAAAGCAAGGUCCUAGAACACUGACGCAGGAAUACUUUAGUAUACAAAAGCCGCACACACAAAACAUUUAUGUGCAAAAUUUGAAGCAACGACCAGACCCUUUCUACCAACAAAUAGCUGAUAUACAAUCUACGAUAGAUUUGUUCAGUACUAAGCGGCCAAAAUCUCACUAUCAACACAGAACCCACGCCCACAAACCGAAGGCUAUCACAUCAAGACCAGUUUAUCACUUCAGUUAUCAAUCGAAACCAAGACCAGAACAAUUAACAUUCCGUGCACCCAAAUUGGACCCCGAGCCAUUUAGACCUAUGGUGAGCUAUAGCAAACCAUUCAACGUAGAAAACGAGUUCAACGCUAUCACACCAUCGGUUUCACCAGCCUAUCCUCAACAGUACUUGAUUGAAAGCGUACAAGUGACUACGGAGACACCCACCUCCAGCAGAUACUAUCCCAAAACAAAGACGAGACAGGAAGAUUAUGAUGAUACAUUAACCAAGGAAGUUCGUCCUACAAAAAAUAGAAACCAUAUUUCUGCACAAAACGAAAAGCCAGCUCCAACGGUACAACACGUAAACCACCCUAAUACUACCCCAAAUCCAAUUAGUCACGGAUACUAUACAAAACAAGACGAAAGGUAUUUGGAUGACAUUACGAAGAAUUCAUUUGACAUUUUUGGUAAGAAAAUAGAGGAUAGCACGCUCGACGUAAAUGGUUUAGCUGUGACACCGCCGUUGGGAACUGUUAGAACACCGAUCGACAACAAUAUCAACUUGCAAUAUGCUUACGAAUAUGUAGAGCAGCAGAACCCAAACCCGCCAUCAUUGGACCGAGACACACUCGUCAACGACCGUCUGCCGCGACCAACAAUCAACCCGGAUUCGGAACCUAUUGCGGAACAUAUACAGUCAGAGAAGCCACCGUCAUUGCUCGAUGAUACUCUUGUAAAUGAAAGAUACCCGCGACCGCCUGUAAAUCCGAACAGCGAGUUCAUUCCUAUCCCAAACCCUGGAUACAGACAAUCCCAGCAAUACAGAGUACCAACGCAAGUGCAAAGACCACAAUAUACUGGAGAAAAAGUGCAAAGACCUCAGUAUUCUGGUGUACAAGUGCCAAGACCACAAUAUAGUGGUGAACAAGUGCAAAGACCACAGUUUGCUGGUGAACAGUACGAUUUGAAUAGGCCAUCGCUGGUUGGAGAUACGGCUGUGAACUAUCGAAGGCCGCUCCCACCCGUCAAUCCUGAUGCAGAGUGGAUAGCGCCUGUCAAUGCAGCGGGAGAAGGAAAGCCGGGGUCAUUUGUAUCUUACAGGCUACCAGGCGAUGGUGCUCAUGUAUAUUUCCUAACACCGCAAGCAGCGCAAGCAGCACAAGCAGCGCAAGCGGCACAAGCGGCAAGAGAAAGAUACAGAACCCCCGGUUAUGGACGGUGAAACCAAAGCUCUAGUCUGAACAGUUACGUCCAACGACGUGUGUACAUAAGCGCAAAUGUGAUAGUGUCCUAAGUAGUGUAAGAAAAGACUAGCGGAAAGACCGCAUUGCCAUAAUAUUUAAACGAUUUUAACAAACUCUUUUUCUAUUAUUUGUACAAGCGACAGUUUUGUGAAUCGGACGCUUUUUUAAAUUCUAUUUAUUGAAUUUUGUACAUUAAGAGACUGUGGUGCAUGCUUAGUAUUAAUUAAUUUAUUUAUGACAGUAUUCUUGAACUAUUAGGAAUGUGAUACGCGAUAAUGAUGAAUGAAAAUCGUAACGAACACGACGA